AUGACUAAAGACACCGCGAAGCUCGCCUCUGGCUGCGAUAUGCCACUCGUCGGAUUUGGUCUCUGGAAAGUGCCCAAAGAAACCGCCGCAGACACUGUAUACAAUGCCAUCAAGGCUGGCUAUCGACUCUUCGAUGGCGCAUAUGACUACCAGAACGAGAGGGAAGCCGGCCAAGGCAUCCAGCGCGCGAUCAAAGAAAACCUUGUGAAACGCGAGGAAAUUUUCGUGACAACUAAGCUUUGGAAUAACUAUCAUAGUAAGGACCAUGCUGUACCGAUGGCGAAAGCGCAAAAUGAUGCGUGGGGACUGGGUUACAUUGACCUGUUCCUCAUCCACUUUCCCUGUGCUCUGGAGUAUAUCAGCCCAGAGAAGCGACGGUAUCCCGGUUGGUGGAUGGACGACGCGGGCACGAUCUCAUCCGCCAAAGUCUCCAUCCGGGAAACCUGGGAGCAGAUGGAAGCACUCGUGGACCAAGGCAUUGCAAGAUCCAUCGGGGUAUCCAACUUCCAGGCCCAGAUGCUUUACGAUAUGAUGACCUACAUCAAACAUCCUAUCUCUUCGCUGCAAGUGGAACACCAUCCGUACCUCGUGCAACCAAACCUCAUCCGUAUGGCACAGGAGCAUAAGAUCGUUGUUACGGCGUAUUCGUCUUUUGGGCCGCAGUCAUUCUUGGAGUUACCCGCAGAUUUUAGGAAUAGGGCGGAGAAGGUGGAGUUGUUGUUUGAUGCGCAACCAGUUAAAGAGAUCUCUAGUAAGCGUGGAGUUACGCCGGCGCAGGUGUUGUUGAGGUGGGCGACGCAGCGUGAUAUUGCGGUCAUACCUAAAUCGAAUAACCCGUCCCGCCUAGCACAGAACUUGGAUGUGCUGAAUUUCGAUCUUACGAAGCAUGAGUUGGACUCGAUUUCCGCUUUGGAUAAGGGACUGAGGUUUAAUGAUCCGGGGCAUUAUCUUCCCGAUCACCCUCUCUAUAUAUUUGCUUAG